AUUAAUAUUGGGGACUGGGUGUGUUGAUUUCUCGGUUCGUUCCGUCAUUGACUGUGCCGCCGCCGUCGUCGCUGCGUUCACGAUUUGUGUUAUUGUUGCUCUGGGGGUGAGAUCAUACACCUUUUUCUGUCUACAGAACAUUUUGGACCACACCACAGGACAUAUCAGAAGAAGAGUGUCUGUCAGGGUCUGCAGUCAAGUUCUGAGGUCCAUCUGUGUGCACAGCCUGUGCAUUCUUCACCUAAUGUUGGAAUUGGAUUAAGUGUGCGAAGCUGUCGUCUGCGGUCUUCAUAUAUUGGGAUUCGAAUUAAAAUACCAUUUAAGGUAAUACAACCCGGUGACCUAGCUCGUUGGCCUAAAUUGACAACGCGAGUGCGAUCUGCUGCACCUCAGGAGGCGCUGCUGGAAAGUGGUGUCCUAGUUUCGGAUGAAGUGCAAGCUUGCAAUAUUGGUGCUAUUCAGUGAUAUAUUUCAGGAAGCAAAUUAACCAUUGAGAAUAUACAUAUGUGCAAAUGUGAAUUGCUGUGCUUCGCGUUUUCUACCACCGAACGACUGCUUAAUAGAGAUAUAUGAUUUUCAUUAUUUGCUCCGCCUGUCUGUGUUUGCAUCGGCUUUUGCGUUCAUGGUAUUCUUGCCUGCUCGUGCGGAUGGUAUUCUAAUUUUGGUGCUAAAGUGAAGAGUUCAGUCAGUCAUCUCUGUGCAUAGUAGGCCAAAAGUGGAAUUGCUUCACAGUCAUAAAUUCACAUGAAUAUUCAGUCGUAUUUUAGAAUAAGUGAAAAUCCAAGCAGGCUUUGAGUGAGAAAAGUUGGGGCUCCUCUGAAGAGAGUUGGGCGAAGCAAAAAAGAAGUUUGAACGAAAAAAAGGAAAGUGUAGAAUUUUAUUUUUGGAAAUCGUCAUUAGUGUACAGUUGAAUACUGUGUGUGUCGCAUAUGUGUGUGGUAUCAGCCAACUCAGUUCGAAGCGUGUAUUAAAAAUACCACAGCUUGCCAUGGCACACAGUGCAUGCCAUAGGCGACGAUUCAAAGUGUGAAGCGCGAGAAAGUCUCGUUACUUUGAGGAAACGUGAAAAGAGCCAACCCGAAGAAUAGCAGCAGCAUCAGCAGUAGAAGAUUUGUGUGAAAAUUCGUCAAGAGAUUUUAUGUAAUACGAUAGCGCUCGUGGAUAAAACGCACAGUAACAAGGUUCAAAUUGUUAACGGAUAAUAGCAUUCUACUCUAUGGUCGUGUAGAUUCUGAUCGAGUUAUAGGGCAAAAGUGUACUUUAUUCAACAUUAGUGCAUACGAACGACGGCGGCGAAAUUUGCACACCACUGGAAUCAAAAACGGCUUUGCUGUUGCAUGAUUCACAGAUCACCCGGAACAAGACUACAGCCAUACACAAAGCAUGUAAAAAUUAAGGAAUUAAUUACGACUGUGAAGGAGUUGGCUUUAAUUACAUUGGAUAAUCGAUCAGAGUGAGUUAAGCAAAACACCAAGCGGACCAAACCAAUCCAUCAUUCAGCGUGUUGUGUCGCCUAGCGCAACCGAGAGACCCCGAAUAGCCAGAACCGCACACACAGCGACGCAAAAAUGGUGAUAGGAGAAUCCACCAACAAUAAUGGGGAGGCUGUGCCUCCCCCACAGCAAUUUGCUCCCCAGAAGGCUACCAUUGAGAACAUAAUGAGUGGAAUUGAAAAUACCGGUACCGUGAAAAUGAAUAAUCACAGGAAAAAACUGAGACAACGAUUUGAUAUAAUCAAAAAGCUCGGCCAGGGCACGUACGGCAAGGUGCAAUUAGGUAUUAAUAAGGAAACCGGUCAGGAGGUCGCCAUCAAAACCAUCAAGAAGAGCAAAAUCGAAACCGAAGCGGACCUCAUUCGGAUACGAAGGGAAGUGCAAAUCAUGAGCUCAGUGCAGCACCCCAACAUUAUACACAUCUACGAAGUGUUCGAGAACCGUGAAAAGAUGGUCCUAGUCAUGGAAUUUGCUGCCGGCGGCGAGCUGUACGACUACCUUUCGGAGCGAAAAGUGCUCUCCGAGGAGGAAGCUCGACGAAUCUUCCGGCAAGUCGCGACCGCCAUCUACUACUGUCAUAAGCACAAAAUCUGUCAUCGUGAUCUUAAGUUAGAAAAUAUACUGCUGGACGAGAACGGCCACGCCAAAAUUGCCGACUUUGGCCUCUCCAACGUAUUUGAUGAGCAAAGACUGCUGGCAACGUUCUGCGGGUCUCCGCUGUACGCAUCGCCGGAAAUUGUUAAAGGUACACCCUAUCUGGGGCCAGAAGUGGAUUGUUGGUCCCUGGGUGUGUUGUUGUAUACUCUAGUCUACGGUGCAAUGCCAUUUGAUGGUGCCAACUUUAAAAGGCUUGUGAAGCAAAUUAGUCAAGGUGAUUACUUCGAACCGAAGAAGCCAUCCAGGGCGUCUCCGCUUAUCCGGGAAAUGUUAACUGUUUGUCCUCAACGGAGAGCGAAUAUAGAGCAAAUUUGUAACCAUUGGUGGGUGAACGAGGGCUACGAAGGUUCCUGUCUAGAUCUAGCGGAAGAACUGGCAAACCAAACUCCAGUACGGCUGGAUGUUUUACUAUCGUUAGCUCCCCCAUCCGUAACUUCUGACCAGGUGGUGGUGGGGAGCGGUCAGGACGAAAACAAGCCAAAGGAAAGAAUACAACGAAGUCAUUCGGUUGGGUCCAUUAUCGACAUGGGUGCCACUGAAGCUGAACGACGAAUAUUGGACAUGGUGGCUGCUGGUGGCGAAGCCGCACUCAUGCCUUCGCCAACGCGCACCAUCACACCCUCAGAAAGCAGUCCUGCGCAGCCCAAACGGAAACUGGAACCAACGGUAUCCACAGAAAACGCCACCGGAGCCGUGAAGAAAAAAGAAAAGGCUUCUGACAGACUCAAACCAGACAAAUCUCAACCUGUGAUCCCCGAAGAUAUGGACUUUGAACAGUCGCCCUCGCCUCGUCCAAGCUCAACCUCUGAAAUGGAAGCCCUCAAAUCUGACGUGGAGUCGAUUGAACAAGAGUCUAUUCCCAGCACGCCAAUUGCAGCUCAAGAUGUUCUAGAAGAUUUACAAAAUCUUGAAAACAUGUGUGAUGAAUUGCUGCAAGAAACUGCCACUCCACCUGCUACCAAAGCCACAACUCCCGAGGAUGGUACCUUGACCAUUAAUGAAGCACAACCUGUUACCCCACCGACGCCAAAGGUCGAAUCGCCUCCCAAAACAGUCUCAGGCGUUAAAGCUAGACUGGAAAAACUCGAAAAGGCUGAUAAACAACCUGGAAAGGUUCCGUAUAAGAAAGUAUUCAAUAAACACAAAACUGUUGAUCUUAGCUCUGCUAUCAAUCAAGUAUCGAAACAGGAUCAGGAAUUUGCACAAGUCAAAUCGGCUUCCAACUUAGAACGGAAAAAUAGUCUUCCAGAAGAAAAUCUCACCAAGCCGGCUGAGCGACGAAAGUCCCGCAUUUUGGAAACCGCGGAAAAGUUCCAAAACAUGAACAAUCAAAACAACGACAAGUUCAAAAAGUUCUCUCUUCCCGGAAUACCGACGGUCGGAAACUACAAGAAGGAAUUUGAACGCAAGGCUUCCAUGAACAACUCGAGUGCAGCAUUAAGGCCGUCACCAUACGAGAUGACAAGAAAGAUGGAAUCGGACUACAAUUCUCCAGAUCAGAGCUGCCAAAGCAGCGGAGCGGACCUUCACACUCCUCUGUCGCCUAGUGACGAAAAGAUCGGCAGUCGUGAUGCUAAGCUGGAUUCAGAGGAAAUCAAGGAAAGCGACUCCAAGAGCUCCGUCAGCAGCUUCUCGCUUGAAGAAGCCAGACGAUCGAUGGAGAAUUCGAUCGCGCUUCUCAACAAAGUACGUCCAGAGGCCAGUCCGGUUGAUCAACUUUGCGCCAAGACCGAAACGGUUUCCAUGUCCGAUGACAACGAGAGGGAACGUAAGUUGAAGAAUGCGCGGGAGAUUAUCGGGAAUGCGAUUCCGAUUGGGCGAUUGCGGAAGCCUCCAGUGUACGGUGCCAAUGGGCGCUCGGCUACGGGCGGAAUCACUCUCACCAAUUCGCAAUCCAGCAAGCAGUUCCGGUUCGGACCCGACGUUCCCGAGCCCAAGUUCGACACUAUGUCAGUGCCUAGAAAAGUAUCAGUCGGAAGCAUUUCUACCGCACCGACGGAUGAAACUAAAACAUCACAUGCCGAAAUCACGCUCAAAUCAGCAACGCUACCGAGGAGGAAAAUCGGUAAAGUCGACGUGCAUGGCGAAACGCAAACGAAGGCUGAAUCGGCGGCACCGGCAGCACAGCCAUCGUCGAUGCGGUUCUCCACCGAGAUGCAGCAUCAAAUGCCGGACCUUCGCAGUGCGCCGAUUCGAGAGCAUCCGAUUUCCUUCACUGUACAUCAACGUGCCAACAGCCUUGAACCACAGGUCAAGGAACACACCAUCCCUAUUCAGAAGCCACCCACCUACCAGCGGACGUCGUCGAAUGCAUUCGGUCCGUCGGCGCGAGGCUCCCUCUCUCGUCAGUCUACCAACGAGUCGAAUGAUUCGGACCCGACUGCAUCCCAGAGCCAAAUUCCUCCCCUGCCCAGUAGCAGCAGUAUGGCAAGCAGUGGUGCCACCAUGCCCAUCAAGAAGAGCCCACGUGAGUUUAUUAUUCCGAUUGCAGUGGAAGGCGGCGGAUUUGUCACACCCCGUGCCAACAGUUUGGAGCCGUCGGAGUCGAGCACGACGACCACAUCCACCGGAUUUGGUUCAAAGGCACGUUUGGGACGUCCACGCAAGAUAAGUUCCCUUCUCAGCGAAAAGGAUCCUGAGGAAGAAUCAUCGUUCUCGAGACUCAAUCGGCAUACAUCGCUGGGCCGAGAGAGUGACUCCGAAGAGCCGCGUUUCCACACAAUGCACAGGCUAAGGAGUUCACGUCCAUCCCAGCGAGGCACGGUGGAACCGAACGAUUCGGCUAGUUCCGGAGAGGAAGACGACGACGAUGGUUUCGAAAUAUUGACGGCCGAAAAUCUUUUCUCCACGCUGCUGUCCAGGGUUCGUGCACUCACCAAUCGGCUCAACGUCAACGAACCGAACUCUUCCGGGUUUCCUUCGUCUCGCUUCAUGAGCGGCCUGAGACAAACACAGCCCUCAUUCUGGCACCAUCAUGAUCCAUUUUCUAGCCCGCACUAUGCAUACUCAUACAGGAAUGAAACCAUCGAGACGAAGGAGGUCCGACUGAAUGGAGGAAAUUCCAACGCCUGGCGGCACAGCAUGUCCCGUGAUCUCAGCUCGGACAUCGAUUCCAUGUUUUCGCGCUCGGGCGCCACACUUCCUAGAGGGGCUAAAUACAGAUCACAAUUCAAUAAUAACAACAAUUUUGAUGUAGCUCAUAACAAAUCCGAUGGUGUGAGUCGCAAUAACAAUAGCAACAAUAAUAAUCUGUCAUCCACAAUGUCAUCGUCCUAUAGAAACGGUAGCAGCAGUAGAACAGAAGCAUAUCAGACUAGUUACGGAAGCAGUAGCAAUAGCAAUAGUAAUAUGAUUAACAAUAACUGUUCUAACCAUGAUAGCCAAAGCAAUACCGAAGAUCUGUACGAAAAUGGCGAAGAAGUACUAGAUUUGGGCGACCUAGACUUGUCGCAGUUGCGAUUGUCGAAGAAAGACCUAGAGGCACUUUCCAGUAUCACACCGUCGCUGUCGCAACGUGUACAGGAGCAACUUCUAGCCCAGCUUCCUCCCCAACAAGCCAAAAAGCUUUCCAGAACUUUGUCGAUGCAAAACGGAAACAGUAUAUCCAAUCCCUAUUCAACAACAACCAAAUUAUACAAACGUAGCUCAAGCAGUAGUGCGGGUCGCACUGCAGAUGAUUCUAGAGACAGUAUUACACCUACUAACGAUAUGUUCGAUAAUGAUGCGUACCUCCAGAAACGAUCGUCGAAGAAACUAGACAGGAGCUCACGCAGUUCCAGCAACUCGCGGGAUAUCGUAUCACCCCCUCCACUCCCGCCACCUAAUUUCAAUGACGAUUAUGGAACAUCUUCAUCAUCUCGUUUUCCCUACGCAAACGAGAAUCAUGAACGAUUCCGAUCAUACGAGAAGUACACACCCUACCUAACGACCUCCCACAACGAUUCAGAACACGAACGAAGCAAAUCGCUUGAAUACGACAAGAAGUUCAGUUGCUAUGAAUCGCUUCCUCCACGCACAUCUUGCCUUAGCCCGACAAACGAAAGCUACGGCCGACCGCCGAGCGGUUGCAUCUCUCCCCCACCCAUAUCCACGUCAUCCGGAUAUUCCAGCCAACGUUCCACCAGACGAAUCUCCAGAUUCCUGCGUCCGGACUUUUUUGAUCCACCAAAAGAAUCCAGCGACCAGGAGAAACAGAAGAGAGAACAAGAAACCCAGAGCAUUUUGAGGGAAAUACGAGAAAAGAGUCGCGAGAGAAGUGUAGAUCGUACCUUCAGUGCAGACUACACGAAUAAGAGUUCCGAUCGUUUGAACUACUUCAUUCAGAAGUAUCAGAAGGACUAUAGCGCAGAGAAUAGUAAUCUAUACAGGUAUAAUAGUAGCGAACGAAACGAAAUGAUAGAUCCACCCAGAGACAGUCAUGAACAACGAAAUCGAAGAAGUGUAUCCAGGCCGAGAGAUGUAAUAGAUUCGAACAUUGCCGUACUAGAUAAGAUCACAGCGAACAGUACAUUCGCAGACAAAAUACUUGACGAACUUCAAAACUUGGCCGCAUCGCAGAGUGUUAAAAUUGUAGCUGAGGAAGCGGCACCAAGGAAAAGCAAAAGCAAGGAACUAAUUCCGGACAAUGUUAUAGCAGAAGUGAUCAAGAGAGUAACCCCUGAACGAAGUUCAACUACCAAUUGUCUUGAGUGUAGUAGCAGCGUUCCGAAACAUUCAGAAGAAGCCAGUUCUACGAGUAACAACAAUAUAGCUGCUGACGAGCCACUUACUGAGCCGAUUGCCACCACAAAAGUUGUUAAGGUGAAGAAGAUCAAAAUGAAACCUAAGCUGGACGCCGACGGCAAUCCAGUAACCGUAACCGUACGGAGAGUUAAAAAGGUGGUUAAGUCUAGUGCAGAAGCCACCCCUGCGGUAACUCCCGUUGAAGAUACUCGCGAAGAUGACAAGAGCUUAAGCGAGAAGCCACGUAUCGUGAAGAAAGAAUCCAAAUUGGUAAGGCCGAAGUCUUACCCAUCGAAAGAUCCGGAACCGCUGAAGUUGGCAAAACCAAUCACAAGCGAACCUGUCACAACUCCACUAAAUGAAUCCGAACCUUCAUCCUGUAGCACUCCAUCCAACGCCACGACAAGCGCAACACCGGUUAGCAAGAUAAUUCGACCGAAGAGUUUCCCAGCCUCGAAGUUGACCCCACCUAAGGAUCUGAAGAUUGUCAAAAGUUUGGCCGAAGCUCAGCCACUAAACGUGAUUUCGGAAAAUCUGGAAAACAAAAAAUCCGCAUCUUCACAAGCAGUAACUAAGGAGAAAACACCUCCAAAACCAUCAACUGUCAACGGAUCAACUGCAAAUGAAACCCCAUUGACCCCAGCAGCAACCCCAGGAACAACCAAGAAAGUACGUAAGGUCAUACGAAUUGUAAAGAAAACUACCACAUCGAAAAGUGAUUCGUCCACAAAAAGUAGUAGUGACGAGAAAACAGUUAAAGAAUCGACCGUAUCCAAAGUAAUUGGUGAAGUUAAAGAAGUGAAGGAAGUGAAAGAAAAACGUGUUGAAAUAGUUACCCCAGAGCCAAUUCCAAAAGCUCCCAAAGAAAAAUCUAAAUCUCCGGAGAAGAAAGUUAAACAAGGAUUCCUCGCUAGCAUUGGUCAGAAGUUUGAAAAAUUCCGAGAAUCAAGCAAAAUGACGAAAGAGAAGAAAGCAACUAUUCCCGAAGGCAAGGCUGUAGAUAAAGUGGUAGAACCAACAGCCAGAGAAGAUAAUGACAGAGCAACGGAUACUCUGAAGAAGGAGAAGAAGAAGAGCCGCAGUGUGACAAAUGCGGCAGCAUUGCCGGACGAUGCACCAGUGAGUGAAGAGAAGAAUACCCGAAAGUCCAGAAUAGACAAGGUCAUCAGGAAUCUACGAGAAAUGUCCGUUCCGCGAUCGUCAGGACUGACCGAGUCCAACCUUAUAAAGCGAGCCGUUAGCGUUGAAGAAAUGCCUGGAACAUUCAACAAGUGUAGCGUUAACAAGGUACUAGGAUUUUUUAAGAAGAUUGAAAAAGACACCAAAAAUAAUCGAGUUCUCAAUACAAAGUCAUCUAGUCACAUCAGCACGAUGGAUACCACCGAAACCCUGAGCGCGUUGGAAACAGCCAUUGCGCAGAGGGAUAGUCAAAUGGCACCAGCGGAGGAACAAGGAAAGGAAAGGCCCAAGUCUGGAAGUUUCGUUAGCAAAAUUCGCAAACCAUACGCAGGGGCACGAAGCGAUACUGUGCUCACCAUGACGGAGCAAGAGUGUAAGUCCAAUGGUACGGUACCGGAGAAACAAAACGGUGGCCACCAAACCCACAUCCCGGUUAAGUAUAGUUGUCCAGACUGUAACAAAGAAGAUACUAACAAAGAUGUAUCGAAAAGGCAUUCCUCCGCUUUGACUGAUGCGAAGAACCACUCGCAGGACGAGAAAGAACGCGUCAGGAACAGCCGCCGAGCGCUGACCCUGGACUUGAGCAAGCUCGGCGAAAGCCGCCAUGUUCAAAGCAAUAACAACAACUACAGCUAUCCACCCCCAUUACCCAGUGAAAUAAUGCAAAACAGCAAUCACGUGCCCACCACAAACAACAACAACACUAUGAAUAUGAACAUGCUUACACCAUCAUACGACAGCAUCACCAAUUACUCUUCGGGAUCGAGAAGUAGUCCUUACGACGAUUGCAACUCCUCCAGUACAUUCAUGUCUCCAUCAGAAGAACACGAACUCUACUUUGACAACUGGUCGAUCUGCUCGGAUGACCACAACAACAUGCUUAGCGCUUCGCCAUCUGUGUCGCGACUGUCGAGGCUAACCUAUGUGAACUCUGUCUCUCCGGUAGAUAACGAUUCCGAAAGCGUAAUUGAACGGAUUCGUCGGAAAAGUUUCUACACCCGUUUCAAUGAGCAAAAGCCUCGGAGAGUAAGCACUAUCCUAGCGCCGAGCAGCUCCAAGGAGUACUACCGCGAUCAGUCUCUUUCCAGAGGUGGCCCUUCGUCCACUCGUUUGAAGGAGUAUGGUAAGUCUUCAUCGUCGUCGGUGGCGAGCGCUCUGACUAGUGUCGAUCGCUCCAAACACAGCUACGACUACUAUCGCUCACUUACCAGGACGCCGAGUUCCUCCAGGAACAAGUACGCGGAUUCAACCGACGAGUAUUCCAAAUCUUCGUUAAACAAUAGUGACUACUAUCAUCAUCAUCACCACCAUCACCACUACCAUCUUCCUUUGUCUAACUCGUCACGGAAACUCAAUUUCUCCAGUAACGAUUCUUCCGAUAACCUAAACUAUAACACUGUCGGCAAGUCCUCAUUAAGAAGUACAUACUACGAAACCUCGUCACCACCGUACUACGCCACAUACAAUCCUCGGCGACGAUCCUCGUUUACCAGCAAUAGCACAACAGCUAAUCUAACCUCGUCCUCUUCAUCGAUAGCAUUAGACACUGCCAACACAGGAAGAGACACGCGUGACACUGUGCCAAAGAAUACAGCGACAGCGACGGCGACGGCGACGGCUGCAACAGCUACUGGGCAUCCCUGUGGAACAGCAACAAACUCCUCGUCUUCUACCACGAUUUCCGCGUCGGAAGGCUUGCCUAGCCAGGGCAGUAGUUCGCGGAAGCUGCGACCGUACGACAACCGGAGCAUUUCGAUGUUGAAUUCCACCUCCCUCAAAGAGUCGCGAUAUGGCGGUUACGACAGCGCGGGGAUCAUCAGUGAAACCCGGUUCAGCCCUGUCCGAUCCGUUUUAUACAGGGACCACUUCCUUUGUUUGAAGCUCAAGACCAGUUAACCGCACCGAUUGCCUAUUCCCCAUCCUCAAUUCGACGGCCUUAUCACAGCCUAACGACAAGGUAUCGCUCCUCCGAUAACGCAACCUAGGUAUUUGCUUUAGUCGCAAAUGGUCGUCUCAGAAACUCGUCAAUACCUCGGAACCCCACCAACGUAUGAUCGUCAGUGAACAAUGACUGCGAUAUUUACUACGAUUUCUAGCGGUUGGCCGUUUGAGGCCCGAUUGAGAAGCAAU